AUGAAUGCGAAGGUCGGACUUGGAAAUAUCCCUUUUAGUCGAUGGAUAUUCCAAAGGACUUGCGCGAUAGCGGUACCAAAGAAGUGCACGAAACAGCAGAGGCGUCCUGCAGACUGGUGGACGAAUAAGAUCGCAGAUCUUCGCAGGAACUUUGAAGAGGACCUACAAGGCCAGUCAACGCCGGUGCUGGAAGGAGCUGUGCCUCGAUGUCGACCAGAAUCCGUGUGGAAUAGGCCGAGGAGAGAGAUUGGCACGGCUGCGCCUUGCAGCCCCGAAACUGAGCUCGCGAUGCAAGUGGUCGCGGGUGUAAACCCGAUCGAUCUAUUAACCCAGAAGAGACAUUUCGUCCACCACAAAAGGCCCGUCCUGGGAAAGGAGGUGGCAACAAUGUUCGCCUGGUCUACCGGCAUUGAGACCUGGCAAAGCAGAUGGGAACAGGAGCCUCGGGGCAGAUGGACGGCCCGACUCAUCACUCGGUUAACCAGUUGGCUAAACCGGGAGGCGGGAGGAGUCGACUUCUACCUUACCCAAUUUUUGACAGGGCAUGGUCUAUUCUGCUCCAUCCUCGCAAAAAUGAGGAAAGUUGCAGAUGAUAACUGCCCAUAUAGCGACUCUACCGUCGACGACGCCCACCUCACAUUCUUCUAA